GCGUUGCCGCCGCUGCUGGUAAACGGAAAAUAUUACAGAUAUACCUACAUCAGUCGAUAAUGACAAUCAGCUGGAAUUAAGUUGACAUUAUACACGACAAUAACAGCUAAUCGACAUAGCGCAACAGCAGAAAUUACUAAAUUCAUAACUCAAAUUUAAAAUGGGACAAAAAGUGUCGCGCAACGAUUUCGAAUGGGUUUAUACGGAAGAGCCGCAUGCCUCGCGUCGCAAAAUCAUACUCGAGAAAUAUCCGCAAAUCAAGAAACUCUUUGGCCACGAUCCCAACUUUAAAUGGGUAGCCGGUGCGAUGGUACUGACCCAAAUACUGGCCCUGUUCAUUGUCAAGGACCUGUCGUGGCCGUGGCUACUGGCAUUAGCCUAUUGCUUUGGCGGCAUUCUGAAUCAUUCGCUAAUGCUGGCCGUGCACGAAAUAUCCCACAAUUUGGCAUUUGGCCACAGCCGGCCCAUGCACAAUCGAAUCUUUGGCUUCUUUUGCAAUUUGCCUAUAGGACUGCCCAUGAGCAUUUCGUUCAAAAAAUAUCACUUGGAGCAUCAUCGUUAUCAAGGUGAUGAAGUGAUUGAUACGGAUAUACCCACAUUGCUGGAGGCGCGACUAUUCGAUACGACGUUUGGCAAAUUUGUGUGGGUCUGCCUGCAGCCGUUCUUCUACAUAUUCCGUCCGUUGGUGGUGAACCCGAAACCGCCGACACGUCUGGAGAUAGUUAAUACGAUCAUACAGCUGACAUUCAAUGCGGCUGUGGUUUAUUUCAUCGGUUGGAAGGCGAUGGCAUAUCUGCUGCUUGGCUCGAUAUUGGCCAUGGGCUUGCAUCCGGUGGCCGGGCACUUCAUAUCGGAGCACUAUAUGUUUGCCAAGGGCUUUGAGACAUACUCAUAUUACGGUCCACUCAAUUGGAUCACCUUCAAUGUGGGCUAUCACAAUGAGCAUCACGAUUUUCCGUCAGUGCCCGGCUCACGGCUGCCGGAGGUGAAACGCAUCGCCAAGGAGUUCUACGAGACGAUGCCACAGCACACCAGCUGGACGCGUGUGCUCUACGAUUUCGUGAUGGAUCCCGCUGUGGGCCCAUAUGCGCGCGUCAAGCGACGUCAGCGCGGACUGGCAUCCUAAGGCGCCCACCCAAUUCGUAUUGGCGAAUGUUGCAAUGAUUUUACUAGCGGUUUCCUGGCAUUAUGUAAUCUCAGUGUUUAGCUUUAGAACUAAGUAGAUAUUUUAUUUGAUUUCUCUUCUCAGAGGGCAAGCAAGUGCAAGCGCAACUACCACUAAAUAUGCCUGCCAAAUCCUAGAUUUUUGUAUAACUGAUUUAUGGCUAAAAACUAGAAGAAGUCAAGCAUUGAUUGUUAAGCGCUAUUAUUAAACUAUUAUUGUUACCUCGGCACACAACUGCAAGCGAGUGCAUGUUAAAAA